CAUGGGGUUCAGCUCGGAGGGUCUCUGCCUGCGAUGGGAAGCCGGGCUGGAGGACUGGUGGAGCGGGUUCUGUGGCUCCCCGAGCCGGGCGAAGCCCUUUUAUCCCUGGUCGGGGCGGAAGCCGGCAGCCCAGGGCCCGGGAAAUUCCCCGACGCACGCGUCGUUCCCGGGUCCGGAAGGAAGGCGCGGCCCCCCGGGCCUCCCGCGUAAUCCGCGCCUUCGGGGAGGGGGUGGGGUGUCGUCUCUGCGCCGAAAUCCCCGCAAGGGGAGUGAGUCGCCGCCACGCCGGGGCUACCGCCUGCGAGGGCGGCCGUGGGCGCCUGGCCACCCCUGGUCGCGGGCGUGUGAGGAUACAGCAAGAAGGCAACUAUCACUAUCUGCAAACCAGGAGGAGGAUUCUCACCAGAUACUGAAUCUGCAGACACUUUGAUCCCACUUCCCAGCCUCCAGAACUGUGAGAAAUAAGUGCUUGUUAUUUCAGUCACCUAGUGUAUGAUAUUUUGUUAUAGCACCCGACCUGAUUAAGAUACUUACAUGAACAGCAACAGUCUAUAGUGAAUCCUUAUGUAAACAGAAAAAAUAUUUUUUUUUUCAAAGAAACAUCUGUUAAUUUAUCUUUAAAAAUUUUCAGCAUUAGAAAUUUUGUAAGAGGGAUGCAUCUGUAUUCUUUGGGAAUCUUGGAAUAGAUUUUUAAAAUCCAUUGUUUGAAAUUUUGUUUUCAAUCACUUCCCACAUAGAAUAGGAAUAAGAGUAAAAUUCUUCCUAAUUCACUUAUGGGAAAAUAUUUAAGAAAUGACUCUCUGCCUUGGGCAUUAAUAGCUAGCUGCUCAAACAAUGAAAAGUAUUAGCUGUAAUGAUUCCCAGACCCAACCCAAAGACGUGAGUAAACACCCAGGAGGAGUAGAAUUUCAGCUUAUUUACAGUAGCAGCCAAAAUGAUGAGAUACUUCAAGAAUCAACUCAUUAUCUGUAGAAUUAUCUGUAAUGUGACUCCUAGAACUUGUUAAAUUAAAAUCAUUUGCUUUCAGGAAGGAAUAAGAAAGACUUUUUUUUUCUUUUAUAAUGUACCUCUUUCCAUUAUUUAAUUCAUGACAGCCCCAUAGUAAGUUUCAGAAAAUGUUAAGA